CUCUACAGGUAUUGGUGAUCAUGGCAACAUACUCUCUCAUUUUCUCUCUCGUCUAUGUCACCCUCAUUUACAAACCGACCGGAGAAUUGACCGAACCCGCCUCCAACGACCGAUCACGUUCCAUGCGACAAAAGCUUGAAUCCCGACGAAAACAUAGAAAUAACAAUCCAAUCUUGGGGACAAACUCAACAUCGAAUUCAGACCCGAUUCCUCAGAAAGUCAAACCGGCUCCUGAGAGGUUUCGCAGGGCUCAGCAUGAGGGAUAUAUUGACAUAUUGUCAGGGGAGCCACUCCGACUCUUCUGCAGUUCAUGUGCUGUGGUAUCCAGCUCGGGCCAUCUCCUCAACACUAGCUCGGGAUCCGAGAUCGAUGCGACCGAGUGUGUCUUCCGAAUGAACAAUGCUCCCGUGAGGGGGUUCGAAAACGACGUCGGUACCAGGACGACACUCAGGUCGAUCGCCCACGUCAAUCUGGUGAGGUCGUUUGAGAAGACGGACAAGGCGCGUAAAGAGUUGCUCCAAGACGUGGACACCAAAAGUGAUUACUUAUUGAUAAAUUGGAUGAACAGGGUGAAUGUAAGGAAACUACAAGACCGUGAAUACCGCUAUGCCGUGCUACUUGCACACCUAUACCCCGGAGUGAAGUUUUAUGCUUUCAAUUCAGAUCAGAUGAGAUACGCAGAGAAGGUCUUCAGAGACGAGACAGGACUCACAAGGCAACAAGCCAACACGUGGUUGAGUACUGGUUGGUUUACCAUGCUUGCUGCUAUGGAUAUCUGCAAUGAAAUUAAUGUCUAUGGAAUGGCUAAUGAUGAUUACUGCUCAUCUACCAGCAAUGAAUCAAUCCCUUACCAUUAUUACGAACCAAUGGGAAUAAAGGAGUGCACCUACUACAAUGUGAGUGAAACGCGCCUUGACGGGGGACAUCUUUUCAUCACAGAGAAAGCUGUUUUCAAACGAUGGGCAACGAAACAUCGACUUUCUUUCAAGCAUCCAUCAUGGGAAAUAGGCCCAGAAUCGGACGAACCACUAGAUUCUCCCUUUUUAAGGAAGUAUCACCAGUUGAUGAAAGAAACCAACUACGCCAUCCGGAGUGUAAGGGACUACAUGAAGCUGGAGCGCGAAGCUCGUCGCAGAGUCCAAACAGAGGAUCGACUGGUUGAACUGAAACGCGGGAAUGAGACCUUCAUUAUUGAGAAGGAACAGUUAAUGCAGAAAGUCCUGGAACUAGUUCCCGGGGCCAGGCCCAUCCCGCAUAAAAAUACCAAGUCAAGAAUGGAGGCGAAGGCCCGGAAAAGAGAUGCUGCAUUUCAUAAAAAUAGAGACCGAGAUAAGAGAAAUAAAUCGAGAAAGAAACAGAGGGAUGACACAAAAGAGAAAGUACGAAACAAUAACGGCCAAAGGAAGCACGAGGAAAAUGUUAAAAGAUAACAGCAGCUGACACCGUACAAUCGUUAAACUGAACAGUUCUACUCCGUUUUAUUAUAUACAGGGGCCGCGGAACGGUUUUCAAAGUGGGGGGCUGAGCCAAAAGUGGGGGGGGGGCUGACCAUGCAAAAAAUCACAAUCAUAUGGUCAUUUUUACGUUUUUGUACAUGGUUUUGGAAAAAAGUGGGGGGGGGGCUGAAGCCUCCCCCCUCCCCCCCCCCCCCCCCGCUUCCGCGGCUCCUGAUAUACCCAGAGACCUAUAAACAUGAUAAACUAUAUGAUAGUUUGCCUGCUCUUUCGCAACAACAAAAAAUACCGUACAGAAAGGGAGCUUGGGGGCCUUGCGCCCCCAUAAAAAGUUCACGACC